CCAACCCUUAGAGAAGCUUUUCUCCCGGGUACUGACUACCAAGAGGCUAUCUUCUUUUGCCUUUAGUGAUACAGCCUACAUCAGAACCAUGGCACCAAAAGCGCAGAAGAGCCCCAAGGGCCAGAAAAAGGGCAAAAAGAAGGCCAAACAACCAUUACAAGUUGCCGAAGAGGAAGAGCCAGUGAACAUGGAGAGCAUGGGCCAUCCAGAGAUUUAUCCAUUAGUAUUAACGACCAAGACCCAGGAAAUAUUCAACUGUCGAACAGAUGAAGAUUUCACAGAUGAGCAAACAUAUAAGCUCAUCAAAAAAGAAGAUAUCUUGGCAGACUUGCUGAACCGAGCCGCAGUGUCUGACUUCCACCCGGUGAAAAAAAUUGUCCGGGAAUAUCCUGGGGAUGAGUUGCUACUCGUCUACGACAAAGACUUCAAAUAUGGACUAAACUUUUACCUCAUUGGGACCGAGGAAGGCAAGGAAAACUUUUUAAAGACCCCUGAAGUGCCAGAGGAACAAGAAGAACCCAAGGAGCAUGCUCCAGAAGACAUGUACAUCUACAAACCGCCUCUCUCCAAGCCGUGGGUGUCUCUGGGCAGUGAGAAAGAAAUUGAGGAAGAAUCCGUCAAGGAAUCAAAAAGGCGGGUGACGUACAUGAUUUCUAGGAAAAGAAGUCAAUUUGGUGCCCCCGUGGCUUUCAGAGACCAGAAUGCUUCUAGCGUCAAAGAUGCCUACAUUGAGUGUGCUUCCUACGUUGAUAAAAAUUACACACUCACACAAGCUGAGAAAGACAUCGGCUUGCAAGUCAUUCCCGAAGUCAAGGGCACAAGCACUCAGACAAGAUGGGCAUUUCCUAGAAAUGCGACUACACAGUAUUAUCCAAGGGAAUUUUCAGAAGAGGAAAAAGAAAGCCUGGAACAAUCCAAGUCUUUGGUCGACUUUCUCAACAACGUGUCCACAAGUGUUGAAAUAGCCCUUCAGCAAAAUGAAAUCAUGAACACAUUUAUCAAUGACUGGAAGAACCUUGCAGAGGAAGAAAGCACCUUUGGGGACAAGAGCGACACCCACCUUAAAGAGUACCAGUCCUUUACAGACCUUCACAGCACCAUGGAGAAAAUGAUUACCUGUGUCUCGUGGCACCCGACCAUCUAUGGACUCAUAGUCGUGUCGGUGGCUGUGCGCCUCUCCUACGAAGAGAGAGUCCACUUUUCGGGUAAACUACUGCUCCAGCCAUCCCUGAUUCUUUUCUGGAGUUUCUCUGACCCCAUACACCCUCAGUUGAUGCUGGAGAGCCCUGAUGACAUCUUCUGCUUUGAGUUCUGUCCGAGUGACCCUAACAUCAUCGCUGGAGGCUGUAUAAAUGGACAGGUCGUCCUCUGGGAUAUCACAGCGCACGCGGACCGCAUAGAAAACAUCAAGUCCGGCGGCAGCAGAAGUAAAAAGGCCACUCUCAAGCCUAUGUUUCUCCUUGAACCAGACAGUAAUAAAGAAGCGAUGUACAUCAGACACUGUGCAGUGUCUUCGAUAGAAAACGGACAUAGGAAAGUAAUCACAGAUAUACACUGGCUGCCAGACUCAUUUGAGAUUAACAGAAUGGGCUCUGUCUUUGAAAAUCGAAGUGGGAUAAACUGUCAGCUGGUCACGUGCUCAGCAGAUUGCACAAUAUGUUUUUGGGAUAUUAGACCCCUAAAACCUACAAGCACAGCCGCAACGAACGCCGCAGCCACAACAACCGCCACAGCCGCAACCAACAACAACACAAACUCCCAACAACCAGCAGCAGAGAAAAAGAAAGAAGAAACCAUUGAAAUUCCCUUUGAUGUGCCGUCAACUUUCUUGCACCUGGAUCUGUCCUGGAAACCCCUGUCUAGAAUAAAGCUGUCUAAGGGGGAAACGAGCUUAGAUCACUGUCCAACCAAGCUGAGCCUGGGCGAAGACCCUCUUCUUUGCAGAAUACAAGGUACUUCUUCUAUCCACGUUCUUCAGAAAGACAAGAUGUUAAACCAGAUCAGAGCCCUGAAGGCAGCCGAAAUAAACCCCUACCACAAUCUCGAGGCUGGGUUAGCCAAUAUGCUCAAGCCAAUAGAUGAUUUCUGCACCAAGUUCUUUGUAGGGACAGAGGAAGGUGAAGUGAUAUACACAGACUGGAAAAUGGAGAGAGACUCUGAAACUGGACGGUUUAUGUCUAAGAAACCUGUAAACCUCUACACUGUCCAUGACGGGGCUGUCCACACCGUUCAGAGGUCCCCUUUCUACAAUGACAUCAUCCUCACUAUUGGGGGCUGGAACGUGGCCAUCUGGAAGGAAGAAGUCAUGACUGGACCGCUCCUUCAGACAUGCUGCGCACCGAAAAGGUACACUGCAGGGCACUGGUCCCUGACACGGCCCGGCGUAUUCUACAUCGGCAGAGAAGAUGGAUACGUCGAUAUCUGGGACCUCCUGGAGAAAACCCACGAACCGGCCCAGUCCCAGAAUAUCUGCAUCACCAUGAUCACCUACAUCAAACCCUGGACCUUUUCCUCGAAGCAGCAGUUCAUAGCCAUAGCCGAUUACUAUGGAACACUGCAUAUUUUAGAAAUUCCGUGGACACUGAGCCACCCUUCCUUCAAUGAGGUAUCAAGUGUGAACUACUACUUUGAAAGAGAGGUCAGGCACCUGGAAUAUGUCCAGCAGCGCAAGUUGAUCCGUGAUCAAGAAAAGAAAGAAAUGGCCCUGGAACUGGUGAAGAAGAAAACCAAAAUCUACAGCAAGUCGAAAGAGCACCUGGAGGCGGAACUGAAGCUGGAGUAUGAGAGCUAUCUGGAGCUUGAGAAGGCCGUCCUCUUCAGUCUCGGCCUAGGCAAAGUCUCAGAGAAGGGACCAUACAUGGAGAUGAUUUAGCCAAGAUUCUCCAAGAUGGUCCCUGGAUUGACCCUGCUGAUCUCCCCUCUCCUUUUAUUGAUUUGCGGUAUGCAAGGUGAAACAGCGGACUGAUCAUAUAUAGGUGUAUUUUUAAA